AUGUUUUCUGAUCUUGUAUCUUGCGUGCCCAUUUCAGAAAUAAAGUCAAAUACUCUCUACAUCCUUCCUGUUUUUGAUGAAAUUGGUGGUGGAGAAGAUGUACAAGAAGAUUAUUUAUGGCAGCAGAUGAAAGCUGAGGCAAGAAGAGAUAUUGAUCAAGAACCCAUAUUCUAUUACCAUUAUUUCUGUUCAAUCUUGACGCAUGAUUCCAUGGAAAGUGCUUUGGCCAAUCAUCUUUCCAUGAAGUUGAGUGAUUCUAGUUUGCCCAGUGGUACACUGUACGAUCUUUUUGUGGGAAUGGUCGAUGAAGCCAUCAUGUUCUUCGGGAAGUUGGUAUCUUGUGGCAUAACACCAUGUAUGAAAUGCAUCACUAGCCUAUUACUGGCUUGCUCAGCUCUUACUGCCUUGUCUUGCGGAAAAGAGAUUCAUUCAUAUGUUGUGAGGACUGAUACCUACAGAGAUGAAUUUGUUGCUACUGCACUCAUUGACAUGUACAUAAAUGUGGGCAACCUUCGAAGGCAAACUGUGUUUUCAAUCAGUUCAGCACAAAGCCUUAUGAUCCAACAUUUUGGAAUGCUAUGA